UUCAAGUAAAAUAGGAUCAAGAUAAAAUAAAUGUAGAGAACUGUAUGGAGGGUGCAUAUAGAACAUGGACUGUGUAUGAGGAAACAUAGAUUAACAGUAAAUUAAAAUAUUGCACAAAGAAAGAAAGAAGAAGAGUGUCCAGAUUAUUAUUAUUAUUAUUUCACAGUGAGUUCUCUUAACACUAUUUCCUCCUCCCGCCAAGUGAGAGUUGUAGAGCCUGAUGGCAUGAGGGACAAAGGAGUUCCUAAAGCUGUUUGUCCUACACUAAACAGGCUCCUCUGGUUGCUGUUGCGAUUAUGUCCAUGAUAUUUCAUGUAUUGUAUGUUGCACAUUAUGUCCCUAUAUCUCCAAGUAUGAAGUACAAGCCAGUGGUAGCAGCAGUAGUUCCUACACAUUCUGCAGACCAUAAAGAAGAAAAGCUCACAGUACACAGAGGAGGGCAGAGAAUCAAAUCAUUGUUCAGCCUGUCCCCCUCCCUACACCUGGCCUUCAUUUCCACAAUGGCUACCCUCAGCUGAAUCAUCCAAAGCUGUAGAUCUGAUGAGUGUGGUCCAUUUCUGGGUCAGUGAACAGCGUGCCGCACUGCCACGCUGAAUAGAAGAACUGAGAGGAGAGGCCAUAGCUUUCAGAACUAAACUACACACACAUGACACUGUCAACCCAACAUUCAAACGCUGACACAUACUGUAUAUCCUCACAAAGAAGCUGCAGUUCCCACAGAGCACUUUGAAUAAGAUUUGGAGAUACCUUGACAUAUAUACACACACACCAGAGAGCAUGAGGUCACCCUAUUUCCCUGCGAGGACGGUGCUUUUCCACAAGGAGCCAAACGGGGUGACGUACAGGGUUCCAGGACUGCUCUACCUGUCCAGAUCCAGGACUUUCCUGGCCUUCUGUGAGGAGAGACUGAGCCCAUCAGACUCUCAGGCUCACCUGCUGGUCAUGAGGAAAGGGACCUUCUACAGGAAUUAUGUGGAGUGGGAGGACAUGCGUGUCCUGGGCUCUGCCCUCCUGCCAGGUCACCGGUCCAUGAACCCGUGCCCGGUAUACGAUGAGUUCACGGGCACUCUCUUCCUCUUCUUCAUUGCUGUUCUCGGCCACACGUCAGAGUCCUAUCAGCUGGUGACAGGCAAGAAUGUGACCCGCCUCUGCUACACCUGCAGCACUGAUGACGGAGACACCUGGAGUCCUGUCACCGACCUAACCAAGAGGGUCAUCGGAGAGACUAUCAAAGAAUGGGCCACUUUCGCCCUCGGUCCUGGUCAUGGCAUCCAGCUCAAGUCCGGUCGUCUGCUGGUUCCUGCCUAUGCUUACCACAUUGAGUGCAAAGAGUGCUUUGGACAGCUCUGCCAGACCACCCCACACGCCUUCUGCUUCCACAGUGACACCCACGGGCAGACCUGGCGUUUCGGUGAGGUGGUGCCGGGGCCCGAGAGCGUGGAGUGUCAGAUGGUGUCUGUGGAUGAAGAGGAUGGGACUAACGUGUUGUACUGUAAUGCACGCAGCCCUCUUGGAUACAGGGUGCAGGCCCUCAGUCUGGAUGAUGGAGCGGUGUUUCAGCAGGGGCAGCUGGUGCAGCGGCUGGUGGAGCCUCGAAAUGGUUGUCAUGGUAGCACUGUGGGAUUUCCUGCCCCGUUACAAUUGUGUCAUACUCUUAACCAUCACUUACACCAACCUAUACAUCACUGCAGACACUGGACGUCCUGCAUGACAGACUCAAACCACACCAACUCUCCAUCUCCAAACAUCAAAGCCCCUCCAGACUUCCUCACCCCCACCUGGGUGGUGUACUCCCACCCAACGUGGACCAACGCCCGCAAGGAUCUGGGUGUGUUCCUCAGCUUAUUUCCCCGGGAUCCAGACAGUUGGCGUGGCCCCUGGGUGAUCUACGAGGGCCCCAGCGCCUACUCAGACCUCGCCUAUCUGGAGUUGCCACCCUCACCUGGGGCACCGCCCGCUGUGGCCUUCGCCUGCCUGUUUGAGUGCGGCAGCAAGACAGCUUACGACGAGAUCUGCUUCUGCAUCUUCACCCUCUACGAGCUUAUUGAUAACCUGCCCCGAAAUGUGCAGCUGGGAGGUAACAAACAUGAAUAUAAAAGACAAACCUCUGGGACAAGUCAGAGUUGUACAAGCAGACAUGAUGCUCAGAGUACAGCUGCUUUUCAUCAGGUGAAGAAGAGGAGGAAGAAGAGCAAACUGACUGAGAUGUGCUCUGUGUCUUAAAUGUAGUUUUUAGGCUUUUAUUACAGAGUUUAAGUGUCUUCAGUAAGUCAUAAGUCCAACUGUGUAUUAAAGGGAUUAAAUGAAUAUUGUAUUGUAGUCUUCGUGGUGUUAUUUAGUUGAUUUCAGUUACAUUAACUGCAACAGUGUGACUCAGUGAUGAUGAAAAGCCUUUCAGUCCUGUUUCAAUAAUUUGUCACUGAUUUUGUAGAUCACAUUAAGCCAAUUAAAGUUUUCCUGACCCUCGAAUUUUCUUUCAUUUCAGUAUUCUGACAAAUAUUUUGACAGCGUGUUCAGCGGUUUAUUUUUAAUUACCAUAGUCUGAUCCAGCGUUAUAAAACAUGAAGGUAUGUAUGUACAUUUAAAAAAACAAAACAAAAAACAUCUUCAGCCAGUUUAUGAAUUUCUCCCUCCUGUCUCUGCUUCCUCUUUUAUCAAGAUAACUCUGCUACGUCCAAACAAGGAGAGUGAUAUAGACCUUGUGGUGAGAUUAUUUCCGUCAACUGCUUUUUCCAUGACGAAGAUUUAACUUUAAAUAAGUUAAAAUUAGAACUUUCCACUCUUACUUCUUCUUUUAUCAAACAAAAUGUUUCGUUCACUAAAUCAGAUUCAAGUUUUUCAGCAACUAUCUCAAAAUUUAUUGCUGUCUGUGGUUAAUGAUCUCUGAAGUAUUUAGGAGAGACUAUUUUAUAAAGCACAUACUGAGAAACUGGUCUUAUAUGAAAAUUUCCUGUUGGAUGUCUAAUUAUGAUGAGCUUCCAUUCCUCUUUAAUCUUACACUGUGUAGACUUUAUGUUUUAACUACCCCAAAUUGCCAGAACACCCCCUCCUACUUAAUGUAGCAGACGAGGCUGCAACCCAUCAAGCUCCCAUAUUAAUCACAGCAGCAGCAGCAGCAGCUCUAAUUGGACAACUGUGUCUAAACUAAUCAGCUCCUCUUGUGAGGGUGCUGAGACAUUCAGGGGCUGACAAUUAAAGUGAGUUGCAUGAGAGCAUACGAUGGACAGAUAAAGAGACGCGGUUUGUUUAGUUA